CAUGUACUUAUAUUUAUUGAGAAAUAUAGUCCAAUAUUGGUAUUUAUCCUCUGCCAAAAUGAGUUUGUAGAACACAGUUUAUUUCAAACACCCCUAUCACAAUAGUCUCAACUCGACACUUCCUUGUUUUUCGAAAGUUUUAUUUUGUAGAAGUUGACUAGCAAAAUUUGACAUGAAUCCUGUCGGAAUAUGGAGAUGAUUUGAUUCAUAUUUCUUCAACUUUAACGUUUAGCUUAGGUUGUCCAUGGCUGUAAAUAUACGCUAGCUACAUUGAGAAGUUCGAAGUAGGGGAAGAUGUUAUCCGCGGUCAACGAAGAUUUUAGGGUGAAGUUUCCACUACAUUCAUUGGUCUGGGAAAAUGAUUACAGGAAUUUGGAAAACGAGUCAACAAAGAACGACAUUGAGGCUGUGGAUCCCAGGGGAAGGACACCACUCCACCUGGCUGUGUCGCUGGGACACCUGGAGUCAGUGAGAGUGCUUCUAAGACAUGGCGCAGAAGUUACCAAAGAGAACACCAAGAAUUGGACAGUGCUGCAGGAGGCGGUCAGCACUGGUGACCCAGAGAUGGUUCAGCUUGUGCUCCAGAGGAGAGACUACCUCAAAGCCUCUACAGCCCUGGGAGGAGUACCUGAGCUUCUGAGCAAGAUCCGCGAGUCCACAGAUUUCUACAUGGAAAUGAAAUGGGAGUUCACAAGUUGGAUCCCCCUCGUGUCCCGGGUUUGUCCAAGUGAUGUGUGUCGGAUCUGGAAGAGCGGAGCCAGCCUGCGCGUGGACGCCACCCUGCUGGGCUUCGAGAACAUGACUUGGAUCAGAGGUCGUCGGAGCUACAUCUUCAGAGGAGAUGAUACCUGGACUGAGUUGUUGGAGGUGAACCAUGACGAAGAGGUGGUGGACACGGACCGCUUUGACAUCUCCCGGGAGAUAGAGGAUGUAACACUGGACUCCAUGCAACCUGCCGAACAGGAAGUGGCCAAGCGGCUAACCACGCCCAUCGUCAACACUUUUCUGGACACCAGGCACAUUGCUUUUGAGAGAAAUAAGUCUGGGAUUUGGGGUUGGAGGAGUGACAAAACGGAAGUUGUCAGUGGUUUCGAGGCUAAGGUUUUCACUGUGAACAAUGUAAACGUGGUGAUCCGGACGAGGACAGAGCAUCUCACCGAUGAGGAGAAAGCUAGAAUAAAAAGUGAGAGGAAUGUUCUGGAGUCUCUUCUUGGGACUGUGGAGCAGCAGAUAAGCGCUCAAGGGGACCUCACUCUGGAGUACGCAACACCCACCAACCCCACCGCCAUCACACCAGAGGAGUACUUUGACCCUGAGUUUGACCUUGAAGACAGAGACAUUGGCCGGCCCAUUGAACUCACCAUCCGAACCCAGAAGUUCAAGGGCACAUUGUGGAUGAGCGAGGAACACCCUCUCUCCCUGGUGGAGCAGGUCACCCCUAUCAUCGAUCUCAUGGCCCGGACCAGCAGCCACUUCGCCCGGCUACGGGAUUUUGUCACCCUCAAGUUCCCUCCAGGGUUCCCUGUAAAAAUAGAGAUUCCCCUGUUCCACGUGCUCAACGCUCGCAUUUCAUUUGGUGGUGUCAACAAAUGCAGUACGUGCGAACCCCUGGACACGCCACCCUCGGCUGCCACGCCCACACCCUCAGAGGAGGACGGCGGUGAAGCUGCAGUUCCCCCUCUAUUCCAGGUGUGUCCCUCUGUAUUUGAGGUGCCUGCACACUACCGCCACAGAGGAGCAGGGGGCGGCAGCCGCCACAUGCCCGUAUCCAACCACGACGAGGAGCUACUGCAGUACGCCAUCCACCAGAGUCUGCUGGAGUCCGGUGGUGGAGACCCGGAACAGGAAGUGACCUGGGAAGAUGCCAAUGGGGACCUCACGGACCCUAUGCUCAGUAGCCAGAGUGACAGAAGCAUCACAGAGGGGGCGCUGGUGGACUUGGGAGACACCACAUCGAGUCCGGCCAGCUCAAGCACCUCGACCUCCAGCCCCGACAUGGACCUGCGCAUGGCCAUGGAGCUGUCGGCCCAGGCCCAAGCCAAGGAGGAGAGGAGGAGGAAGGAGGAAGUGGAGGAGCUGGAGAGGAUAUUGCAGCUCUCGCUCACAGAGAAGUAAAAAGAGGAAAAUAUGAGGGUGAAAAAGGGUUAUUAAGACCACGCCUUGAAAUACCUGCAUGAACUAUUUAUAAAUCAAGAAGCGGCCACCAUCACACCCCCUCCCAAUCCAACCCCCACACCCCCCCUCUUCCACUGCAAUCCACCAUGACACCGGCAAAACCUCCAUGUAACAACAUUGUCAUUAACAGAACCAUCUGUAUUUAAUACAUUGAUAACUAUUUUUGUUUAAAAAACAUCAACAAAUAUGUUGCUAUAUUUGUAUUUCUAUAUAACACUUAGGCUCUGUCUCAAAAGUGUACACGCUGUCAAAUCCUUGAUUCCUCCUGUCCUUUUAAGAGUCAUAGCCACUCCUCUCCCGAAGAGGAAUCCAUGUAUUCUUUGAGAUUAUUUUGGGAACUGUUUCAUUUCACUGGAGUGUCAGGGUUGCAACCUGUGAUUUGAAUUAGUUGGGUGUUGCCAAGAGUGGGUUAAACCUGUGGCAGGUAGCACAGGAGGCUGGUGAGGGUAGGACAGAUGACAAUAAUGGCUGGAAUGGAAUCAAAGACAAGGAAACCACGUUUGAUGUGUUUAAUACCGUUCCAUUGAUUCCAUUCCAGCCAUUGCAAUGCGACCGUCCUCCCCAAUUAAGGUGCCACCAGCCGCUUGUGGCUGUUAGCUGCUUUAGUUGUGGCUCUGGAAGGUUGUUCUUUCAGAGCUCUGGGUCAUGUCCAUGAGGCACCAAACAGAAGCAAGCUGACUGAAACAGGUAGGGACUAGCUGCCCUAUUAUGAAUAUGACUCUGGGAAUGGAACUCCAGUGUUCACACAGCCAUUUGACAGAUUGAAUAUCUCAGGGUUCCAUUGUUCUACAGUUCCUUUUCUUUGAAACUAUAGUGAAAGUGCAGUAUAUUAGUUUAUUGUAGACACAUCGAAUGCAGUUUUCUGGUCAUCGAUUAGGAUUUUUUCUACUUUGAACAGGAUGGCAUCAAACAGUAUGACUUGGUGGGGCUGCCGUCCAUUUUUCUUGUUUGCCUGACACUGCAUAACUUGGGUCUUUUUCAAUCAAAACCUGUAAUUCCUGGGAAAAGACAAAAGUAAGAUUCUUCUUGUGCUGCAGGAAUUCAUGUUUUGUAUUUGUGUUGUAAUUGACAGUGUGAAAAUGAACAUGAUAAUUCAAACAUGCACAAGAAGACGGAGGUUCUUGACUUGCACCAGAAACCAGGUGUUAUUAAAUAGGUUGUUAUUUUGGAGGGGGUCCGUCUUGUUGGCCAUCACCAAUGGUCACUGAGCACCGUUAAGCAUCAGCACCACAACUCAACAAAGCAAUAGCAGAAGCCACUGUGCCUACCUGUAGUGGAUGAUAAAGUAGCAUACACAUGGUUCAGAGGCACUCGCAAGCAACCAGGGUCCAAACAUGGAUCAUUGGCGGCUAUCCAUUGGCGGGGACAUUUUUUGUCCCUUAAAUAUAGAAGAAUAUGGCCAUCAGACCUCAAACACAACAGGGUUCUAAGGACUGCUGUUAGGGCUCUUUUUCUCUUGCAACUACAGACCAACCUGUGGACUGAGUGACGUGCGAGAGAUCUGAGAUCAAACAUGGAUGCCAGCUCAGUGUAGCAUCAUUAUUUUGUACUGAAGGGAGCAUUUCCUAGUCUGGGUACCAGUCAAUGCCUUUGGCACAUGACAUAGAGUACAAAGAGUUGAAUGUUAUCUAAACAGAGACUGGCAACCAGGCUAAGCAUUCCCCUCUCACAUGUCCAAUUCUAAAUGGACCCCUAGACCCUACCUAUGCUCUUGUACAGAUCUGAUAAGAUUUGACAGGUGUAUGCGAUAUGGUAAUACGUCUACCUUUUCCUCUGAUGGGCCAUUUUCACUAUAUUGCAGAUCUCCACAAUAGGGCAUAGUAGGGUCUAGGGAUCCAUUUGGGCUUAGGCCACAGACAUGAUUGGUUUUGGGGGGGGGGUCAGUGUUAUAAUGCCACUCAGGCCAGACCUACUAAAGACACCAGAGAACAUUUGAAAGGUCUCAUCUUUAAAGCUGUGAUCAAGGGGCUUCAAAAAUGUUUCCUAUCCAGUGGUGUUGGUGGAUAAAAAAGGAAUUAACCAUUGUAGUUAAUUACAAUGAUAACCAACAGCACUUUGGACAUGUUUCUGAUGCAUCGCUUCGUCUGUUCUGUUUUCUGGGGGCUAGAACUCUAAAUAGCUAAUGAUCAAAUUGCCAAACCGUAGGACAGCCUCUAAUGUACCAGGGUUCGCUUUGAUUAGAUUUCUUGGGAAAAGUCUUUGUCCUGCUUUAUUUGCUAGCAGGUAAGCUUAUUUUUUAACAUGUUAAUAAGAAUUUGUGAAAACAUUUGUAAAUUGUGAUGUUGGUUUAAAAAUGUUUUCUUUCAUCAAUAAAUGCACUUUAUUUAAA